GUUACCUAGUCCUUGGCCGGGAAUUGAUAGAUCGAUUACAAGGUCCUACACAAAAUAACAAAACAUCGUGGUAUCAGAGCCGACUGAUCCGACAACUAUGGAGUCUAAAGUGGAACAACUUGAAGCUAUGCUAAUGCAGGAGAUGCAAUUGAACGUAGCGGCGAGGCAAGAGUUGCGAAGGGAAAAUGUAGAGGCCAGAGUUGCACAACUUGAAAGUCUGCUCAGGCAGGAGAUGGAAUUGAACAGAGCGGCGAGGCAAGAACUACGCCAGGAAAACCAAGAGAACUUCGCUGCCACAAAUGCACUUCUUGACCAGCUGUUCGCACCUCCACAGGGGGAGGAGGAACCUCGUUUCUAGGUCAACAAUUGCGGUCCUAGGGUUCGACGUCAAGACAACCAGUAAGGUAAUCCUAGAAUCAAAAUUGAUUUUCCAC